UUAAAUUUGAUUCUUGUGAUUUCGAGUUCGACUAGCUUUGUGCAGCUCUGUACCAACUUGUAAUCUAUCUUAUAGAUAACGUUAUUAAUGUCAAAUGUUUUUUACUGUGUAAAAAAUAAAAAGUUAAAUAUGUCGUUGUUAACUAAUUUCAGUAUUACUUUCUUUAUUGUUAGUUUAUUGAUAUGUUUCAUUACUUGCGCUGACAAUAAUGUUGCUAAUGAAAAUGAACCCGAAAGUAUUACAAAAAUAGGACAAGGGGUCGGUCAUGUUAUGAAUAUUAAUUACUGUUACUCAUGUGGAUACAGAAAAGUUUUUGAAGACUAUGCAGGAAUAAUACAACAAAAAUAUCCAGAAAUUUCUGUUAUUGGUGCAAAUUAUGACCCUCCAGGCAUUAACAUGUAUCUGUCUAGAUUGAUUGGUUUUGGCAAAAUGAUUUUAAUCAUGUGCAUCUUGAGUGGUGUUAAUAUUUUUGCCUGGUUAAACAAACCACAACCGGCCUGGUGGAAUUGGUGCCUUGAGAACAAGUUAUAUGCUUGUAUGAUGAUGUUUUUCUUGGCCAACAUGAUUGAAGGUCAACUAGUGUCGUCGGGUGCAUUUGAAAUAUCUCUUAACAAUAUCCCCCUAUGGUCUAAAUUAGAAACUGGAAGAAUUCCACAACCACCCGAACUAUUUCAAAUUAUUGAUAACACAUUACAAUUCUCAAAAAUGGAUAUGAGUAAUAACUUUGCAAUAAAUUAAUAUUAAAAAAAAAUAUGCUUUAUGUUCUGUGGCAUUUUUUUAGAUGUACAUAAAACUAUAUCUGUAUAACUUUAAGAACAUUAGUAAAAAAAAAUUUUUUUUUAAACAGCAUAUUCUCUAUAUUUCAAAUAAAAACUGUUGCAGCUGGCCAUAGUUCAAAAUAAAGUAAUAUAACAUGUAUUGUGUAUAUAUUAUUUGAAUUAUGUAAAUAAAAACUGAAUGUUUUGUUGACCUUAA